AUGAGUGAAAAGAACAAUCACAAUGUUUCAUUUAAAGAUGAUUUAACCACAAAAAGAGGCCCUAAAGGUAUAACAUUUUCGGGAGAAACUUUUAUAGUUCCUGAAACUCAUGAUAUGGUUAAAACAUUAUUCGAUCCAACUAUAAAAAAAUCAAAUUUAGAAAUUUUAAUAUUAAUUUGUUUAUUUUCAAAUUUAAUAAUUUUUGCAAUACCACUGAAUCAAUUAAGAAUUGGAAUUUUCAUUGGUUUAUAUAUUUUUUGGAGAUUAUCUUAUAAUUUUGGAAUUGGUUGGUUAUUACAACAACAAUCAAUAAAUAAUAGAUUAGUAUUAUGGGCUAAAAAUUAUAAAUUAUUUGACACACGUAAUAAAUCAUUUUGGGCUAUUUUUUUACAAAAUGAAUUAAAAUCUCAAAGAGGUUCAAAUUAUGAUAUAAAUGAAUUACCUAUAGAAUUUAAUACUUGGUUAAUUUAUAGAAAAUUUGUUGAUUUAAUUUUAAUGAGUGAUUUUAUAACUUUUAUUUGUGUUGUUUAUACAUGUUCAAUUGCUAACGCUAACGAAUUUUCAAAUACUUUAACAGUUUAUUUAAGAGUUUUAACUGGAUUGAGUUUAAUUUUAUUUAAUUUAUGGGUUAAAAUAAAUGCUCAUAAUACUAUAAAAGAUUAUGCUUGGUAUUGGGGAGAUUUCUUUUUUAGACAAAUUAAUAAUGAAGAAUUAAUAUUUGAUGGAGUUUUUGAAAUGGUUCCUCAUCCAAUGUAUUCAGUUGGUUAUAUUGGUUAUUAUGGAUUUGCAUUAAUUGCAAAAUCUUAUAUUGUAUUAGCUAUUGCAAUAUUUGGACAUUUUUUACAAAUGAUUUUUUUACAUUAUAUUGAAAAUCCUCAUAUUGAUAAAAUUUAUGGACCAUCAAAAAAUGAAAUUAAUUUAGUUAAAAUUUUAAAAUUAAAAGAUUUAAAAAAUUUUGAUAAUUUAUCACCAUUAGUUGGAUUAUAUAAUUUUAAUAUAAUGAGAGCAAGUGAUUUUUUAAAUUUAGUUUUGGUGGUGACAUAUGGAAUUAUUAUACCAAUUUUAUCAAAAAAUUCUUAUAAAUCAUUUUUUAUAUUAACUAUUGCAACUAAAUUAUUAGAAAGUAUUAGUAUUAGUUUAUUAUUAAUUUUACAAAGUUAUUCAAAAUUUUUUACAAAAUGGUGUUUAUCAAAUGAUAUACCAGUUGAAAAAUCUUUAAAUAAUUGGGCAAUAUUUUAUAAUACAUUAAUUAAUUUAACUUAUUCAUCAUUAUUUGGUUUAAAUUUUAUAAAUUUUUUACAAGGUUCAAUUGAAAAUUUUUAUAAAGAUUUAUUUUAUCUUAGAUUAUUUUUAGGUUCAUUAUUAAUUAUUACUCAAAUUUGGAUAAAUUCAUCAAUUAUUGAUCUGAUUGGUUAUUUUGGUUGGUUUUAUGGUGAUUUUUUUAUCCCCAAAUCUAAAAGUUUUACAAAUCAUUUAACAAAAGCUGGUGUAUAUCGUUAUUUAAAUAAUCCUGAACAAAUAUUUGGAGUUUGUGGAGUUAUGGGAGUUUUUAUAAUUUUCCCAAAUUAUGAAAAUUUAAUAUUAUGUUUAUUAUGGGUUUUAAAUAAUUUUACUCGUAUAAAUUUUAUUGAAAAAUGGCAUAUGAUUAGAGUUUAUGGAGAAAAUGAAGUUAAUCAAGAUUCAGGAGUUACAAAAACUUUUAAAAAACAUUUAAUUCCAGAUGUUAUUCAAAGAAGAAUAAGUAAUGAUGAACCAACGUCAUUAUCAAAUAGAAGAAAAAGUUUUGGAGGACAAAAUCUUGCAGAUUCAUUUGAUAAUUUUAUUAGAGAUUUAAAAAAUUCUAAAACAAAAUUAUCACAACAAAAAUUAAUUGAAUUAUCUCAAAAUUUAUCAUUUGCAAAUUCUGAAUAUAAAUUAAUUCUUGAAGGAUUAGAACAAGAUGAUUUAAAAAAAUCAAAAUAUACAUUUAUUGGAAAUCCAAUUAUUGUAAAAUGGCAAUCACCUUCUUCAACUCAUUCUUCAAAAGAUUGGAUUGGAUUAUAUAAAAUUUCACAAACUUCAUAUUCAAGAAAUAAAACUAUAUUAUCAUCUGCUGGUAGAUGGACAAAUUGUAAAGAUUCAAAUGGUUCAUUUAUAUUUGAAAAAGAAAAAUUAUUUUGGGAAGAAGGAGUUUAUGAAUUUAGAUAUCAUUUAGAUAGUAAACAUGAUGUUGCUUAUAUAUCAGAACCUUUUGAAAUUAAAAGUAAUAAGUUGGUAGUUCCAAUAACAGAUUCAGAAACAGAAGAAUUUGCAAAUCAAUUAAAAUUAAAUAUAUUUGAUAAAUUAUUAGAUAUUGAUUCAAUUACAACUUCAAUUCAAUCUAUAGCAACACAAUCAGAAAAUGUUUUAAAAGUUUAUAAUUUAUUAAGUUCUUUAAUUUUUCAAUCUACAGGUAUUUCAAUAAAUUCAAAAAUUUUUAUAAAUAAUGAUAAAAUUACAAUAAAUGAUGUUUCAAAAAAAUUAAUUGAUAUAAAUAAAGUACUUAAUGAAUUAUCAUAUGAUUUUACUGUUAAAAAAAAUGAAUAA